CCCGGCAGUUCAUGACGACAUUUUCCGAGCGCACCAUCUGCUGUUUGUGAUUUGCAGCGGCACCAGACUGAAUAAAGUGCGCGCACUAGUUUAUGCCCGCGUAUCAAGCGCGCUCCAUAUAGGCUAUCUCUGGCGGAUGAACUUAUGUUGUGCGUGCCGCGGCUCUUGUCACUCAUUCGCUGCUGCUCGGAGCGCAUUCUGUGUCAACGGCUGAGGACCGAUUCAUGAUAUCACAUCAACCUGAAACAGGGACAAAGCGUCGUAGUCAUUUAGAUAAUAACUGAACCAACUCUCUCUACCUAUUCUACACGGAGCGUACCUUGGGAAGCGAUUGCAAUGCUUCAGAUAAGGGAUCUCAUUUGGACAUUGCUUUUCUUUGGUUAUGCAGCUGCCUUGCAAGUGGAAAUCACUCCGGCCCAGGGAGAGGUCAGCGUGGGAGAGUCCAAAUUCUUUUUGUGUGAAGUUACUGGAGAUGCUAAGGAAAUAGACUGGUUUGCACCCAGUGGGGAGAAGCUCCAGCCAGGCAGACCAGACAUCAGCAUCAGCAAGAAUGAUGAGUCCUCGUCGACGCUCACAAUCUACAAUGCCAACGUCGACCAUGCAGGCAUGUACAAGUGUGUGGCGAAAAACGGCGACGAGGAAUCUGAGGGCACUGUCAUCGUAAAAAUAUUCCAGAAACUCACUUUCCAAAAUGCUCCAACGCCUCAAGAGUUCAACGAGGGCGAUGAGGCUGACAUCGUCUGUGACGUCAUCAGCUCGCCGCCCCCAACAAUCAUCUGGAAGUUUAAAAAGACCAGAAUCCAGCCUGAGACUGAUGUCCGUUUCAAGGUCUUAAGCAACAACCACCUCCAGAUCCGCGGCAUCAAAAAGACAGAUGAGGGUGACUACACCUGCGAGGGCCGCAUCAUGGCCCGGGGAGAAAUCGACCUCAGGGUCAUCAAGGUCAUUGUCAACGUUCUGCCAAGUAUCAGGACCCGCUACACUGAGCUCAAUGCCACUGCAGACAUCAACCAGUCCGUGACGUUGGCCUGUUACGCAGAUGGCUACCCAGAACCCACCGUCACGUGGGCACGAGGUAAUAUCGUGCUGGAAUCAGAUGGAAAGUACAAUCUGAAUGAAGAUGGGUCGGAGUUGACCAUCAAGGACGUCACUAAGCUUGAUGAAGGAGAUUACCAGUGCAUCGCUAGAAAUAAGGCCGGAGAGAGGAGCAAGGAAGUCUCACUCAAUGUGUUUGUACAACCCAAGAUCACAUUUCUAGAAAACCAGACAGCGUCAGAAUUGGAGGAGCAGAUCACACUAACUUGCGAGGCCACAGGUGACCCCACGCCCAACAUCAUCUGGAGCUUCGGUCGCCGAGUCUUCACCGAGAAUGAGCAGGCUUCAUGGACUCGACCUGAGAAACACAAGAGUCUGGAUGGUAACGUGAUCGUUCGCAGUGAUGCCCGUGUGUCCUCUCUGACUCUGAAAUACGUGCAGUUCACCGAUGCCGGCCAGUACCUCUGCACUGCACGCAACUCCAUUGGUCAGGACAUCCAGAGCAUGUACCUGGAAGUGCGCUAUGCUCCAAAGAUCCAAGGCCCUGCGGCGGUGUUCACCUGGGAGGGUAAUCCGGCUAACAUCACCUGCGAGGCCCUCGCUCACCCAGGCGCCUCCGUUUCGUGGUUCCGUGACGGCCAGCUGUUGCCUAGUGCUAAUACCACCAACGUCAAGAUCUACAACACUCCUGCUGCCAGCUUUCUAGAGGUCACUCCGGAGUCCCAGAACGACUUUGGCAGUUACAACUGUACGGCUACCAAUGUCAUUGGCACAGAGUCAAAGGAAUUCAUUUUGGUUCAAGCAGAUGUGCCUUCGGCCCCCUCUAUCGAGCGUGUGCUGCCUUAUUCCAGCACAGCAAUGGUGGAGUUUGAUGAGCCUGCCUCCAGUGGAGGAGUGCCUAUCCUCAAGUACAAGGCUGAAUGGAGGAUAGCAGGCCAAGACUGGACUGACAGAGAGUAUGAAGUUGGGGAUGGUCUCAGCUCGAUCACCAUUGGUGGGCUGAAGCCAGAGACCACGUAUGAGGUCAAGAUGUCUGCCAUCAACGGCAAGGGUGCAGGAGAAAGCAGCCCUCCUGAGAGCUUUAAAACCCAACCUGUCCGGGAACCUACUCCUCCUAAACUGGAGGUUAAGCCACUGUCCACAGGCAACGAGAUGAAGGUCCAAUGGAUCAAGCAGGACGAUGGGGGCUCUCCCAUCAAACACUAUCUAGUGCGCUACAGAGCUGUGAAUAUGAUUGGACAUGAGAAGAAUCGCCAGGACUGGAAGCCGGAGAUCCGUGUGCCCAACGGCAGUGAGUACGUUAUUCUGCGAGGUCUGGACUGGAACACGGAGUACGAGGUCUACGUCAUUGCCGAAAACCAGAGAGGACGAUCUGACCCCGGCAAACUCUCCUUCAGGACCUUGCCAGAACCCACCGCCAUCCCAGAAGAAAGUAAGUCGCACACAGGUUUGAAACAACACGAAGAAACCAGCUCAGGGUUGAGCACCGGGGCUAUCGUGGGCAUCCUUAUCGUGGUCUUCAUCCUGCUCCUCUUCGGCGUAGACGUCACAUGCUACUUCCUCAACAAGUGUGGGCUUCUCAUGUGCAUCGCCGUCAACUUCUGUGGCAAGUCUGGGCCCUCCGCCAAAGGGAAGGAUAUCGAGGAGGGAAAAGCCGCUUUCACUAAGGAUGACUCUAAGGAGCCCAUUGUGGAGGUAAGGACUGAGGAGGAACACACACCAAACCAUGAAGGAGGAGGACCCACCGAACCCAAUGAGACCACCCCUCUGACCGACCCUGAGCACGCUGCUGACACCACAGCAACAGUAGUGGACUUGCUUCCCUCUGUAACCACUAACUCAGACCCCGGCACUGACAGUCCUGCUAGCGAUAGCACCACCCUUACCUCAAGCACCGCCCCUGUGGCCGACCCUAAAAUGGCCCCAAAAGUCACCCCCCAAUCCAGCACCCCCAAACCUAGCGUCACCUCUCCCACCUCCCCACAAGCUGCUCCGUCAGCCGUGGCCCCUCUGGUUGACCUGAGCGAUACGCCCUCAAACCAGACCUCAAAGUCCUUAGAUGCCCCCCAACCGUCUGAUUCAAUCCCUGCAAAUCUAGCCAAAGCCGAUUGCCAGAGCCCGGCCAGUGUGCCCCAAAGUAAGGACUCUCAGGUACAGGGAGGAGCUCACCAGACCACAGAUAGUGACCUUGCCAAGGAUGCGCUGGCCAAGCCCUCCAGCGACUCCUCCAGCGCACCGUCCGCACCCAACCAGGACGAUGGAAAAAUCGGUGUGGAAGACAAAAGUAAAGCCCCGGAGACGGAGGUAAACAAAACCCCGGCGGAGGUGAAGACAGUCCCUAAUGAAGCCCCCCAGGCGAACGGCAACGAGAGCAAAGCAUGAUCCGGAACCGACGAGCGCUCGACAGUCGCAGACCACCACCAUCCCAUCUGAAACACAAGGCUUUCUUUCUUCAGUGUCUUUGAGUUCGCCGAGCAAAACACAUCUGUAGAUGUAUAGAGCACCUAAUGAGCUCGCGCACAUGCCUUUUAUUUUUUUAUAAAUGUUUCAUUUCUUUCACCAACGCACGAAGGAAAGAUUCUUUACCUCUAGCGCAGUCUCCUUGACCUCUGUAAGAUCAGUGUCUUUCAAACACACUCAACGUUUUUUCGAGGAAGUUCAGUAUGAGAAAUACAGUAGAUUUUGCCUUUACACAUUCUGCCGUUUCAAUUAUGUCCCGUUUUAUUACAUGCAGUAUUGCCAUUAUAUUAUUGUCUCCUACAUAUGAAUUUCUGAGGAACAUUUUUGAUGUUUUGUGUUUAAAUAAUGUACAAAAGCCACUGCUUUUUUAUUUUAGUUUUCACAUUAUUUUUUGAGAGUUAGCGAUAGAGUUUUAGCAUGCUUGCUUUGCAGAAUUAUUUUUCUAUGUCUAAUUAUUAUUUUUAUUCUUAUUUUAUCCCAACCCUGAAGUGUUUACAGCAUUUUACAAGGAUUUCCCUCAUUGACAUGCCAUUUGCUUCAAACCCGACACAAACGAUCACGCAGGGUAGAGGUCGGAACUAGCGGUUAGAGUUCUACUAUACAAAACACCACUACUACUUUUUCCCGUUUUAUAUUUUCUUUUAUAUUACAACACAUCCGCUACCUUAAGAGUUUCUUCUUUACUUGAGUUCUUUAACAGAGGAUUGAGAGUCAAUCUUCUGAUCCUCACUUAAAAACCUCCCACAAAUCCUCGUUGAGAGAAUACAGUUCAAGCGUCGCUGUUGUGGCCUAACGAAAACAUCAGGUGCACAUGUGUGCGAAACGCUCGUGGGACGUCCCACAUGAUGUCUGCCUGUUGUUCCUUUGCCCAUAUAAUUGAUAGAUGUUGCAUUAGAAUGAAGCCCUGCAUCUUUGCUACUGAUGAAAAUGCAAAUGUUUGUCGGUUUUUCAUGUCUUCGAUGGCCAAAUUAUUGUUUGACUUUUUAUUUAAGCCAUAGUACACCGGUGUGGAUCGUAGCAUAAACAAUAUUCAGCCUUCCUUUUUUUUUUUUCUGUACAGUGUUUCUCAAUCUUUAGGCUGCAAGCUUGUGCACUGUGAAUGCGUGAAAAUCCUAGUGUGUGAAUACAGUGUGUUCUUUGUACUAGAAUCGAAAAAAAAAAAAAGAGUUUCCAUAGGUUGUGAAAGCCGUAGCUGUUAGUUUAAACGAUGUUCAUCAUGAUAAGAAUCAAAAAAAAGAUGUUAAAAAAACAACAAAACAAUGAUGGCAGCAGAAGUGGAAUACGGACACAAAAGGAGUUGGUGCCUUCAGUAAAACCAUCCCCUCGUAUGCAGGCCCCAUGCUCUGUGACAACAUGCCCCAGAUCUGUAAACUGUGAAAAUAUUAGUUUUCUUUCUUGAUCAAAUGUGUCGUCACUUGGUCUUUUGGGUCUGAGGGUGUAAAUGGAUCGUGGUUUUCUUAAAAUCUCAACAACAUGCCUCUAUUUAACUGAUGCAAAAUAAUACCUAUAUAUAUAUAUAUAUAUAUAUAUAUACAUAUAUAAAUAUAUUCACACAGAAAACUGCCUCGAUGCAUUUCGUCUCAUAGGUGCCUGAGGGUUGCCUGCUCACCCGCCAUUUAGUUACAAAAUCCCUCGUUCAUCCCGUUUGGUCAAAUGCCUUGUCAGUGACAUCUAUUUUUUAAACCUGAAAUAAGCAUGCGAUGUAUUCUAAACUAGAUGUCAUUGGUGUUACGGUUACGAAUUGAAUUGUCAAAGGCUUGUACAUUUAUCUGAAUGUCGGUGAACUUUUGUCAUUCGUACGUUCGCUGUUCUCACUUUUGCUUUUACAAGACGAGCAGGAAGUGGAGAUAACUUUCAUUAUUGAGUCUUUUAACAUUAUGCUACUUGAAUGUACGUUUUGAGUUCUUUUAAGCGUUCGGUAUGUAGUAAUAUUAAUAAUGAAAGUUGUUUUAAAGUGUUUCCAGCAGGAUUCUGGUCUAAUAAGCAUCUGAGAGGCUUGGAGAAACUGUACCGGGAGGCACACGAGCUCUGAAAAACAAGCUUUUGAUUCAUACUGCCAUUUAAUGUGGGACCAAUUUGUUUGUACACAGAUAGCCACGCGACCGUGCCAUCUUGCCACUUUUUAAAGACAAAAGUCUGUUCAAACGAUUGUUUCCAAAGCAUGUAAGGCUUGUCAUCUGUGCAGAUUAAAGGGAUAGUUCACCCAAAAAUGAAAAUUCUGUCAUUAAUCGCUCUCCCUCAUGUCGUUCCAAACCCGUAACACCUUCAUUCAUCAUAAGAACACAAACUGAGAUAUUUUUGAUGAAACCUGAGAGCUCUCUGACCCUCCAUAGACAGCGAGGUAAAUACCAUGGUCAAGGCACAGAAAAAAAUAGUUACCUUGCUGUCUAUGGGAGGGUCAGAAAGGCCUCAGAUUUCAUCAAAAAUAUCUUAUAUUGUGUUGUGAAGAUGAAAGAAGGUCUUAGGGGUUUGGAACACCAUGAGGGAGAGUGAUUAAUGACAGAAUUUAAAUUUUGGGGGGAACUGUCCCUUUAAGCCUGUGUGGGGUUUAAUGGUUUCUCUCAUCAUUUCAUUUUCAUCUCAGACCUUUAUAAGACAUCUGUCACUUCAUACCAUAGUGGGAGGCCCUUCUCACAGUUGCAUACAGAUUUUAACAGAUCAAAUGUCCCUUCCACCCCCCUGCCACUGCUGUAAAUACUAACCGACAACAAAAACUGACUUCAUUCUGUCAAAAAAAAUUCUUGUGUUCAAUAAAAUGAGAAAAAUA